GAGAGAUAUUGAUAGUGUAGUCAAACGAAAGAAAACACUUGUGUUAUCUCUUCUCGCUUUCUCCUUUUCCUUUGUUGCAUUCAUAAAGUAAGCCUACGCAUAAAGCCACCCCACAAACCAACCAAAACAUUCUUUCUUGCACUAAGGAGCAGUUCCAGACAAACAAGGUGUUCGUUCUGUCUCUUCUGGGGUUUAUUGGAGUUGUGAGAGUCAUGGAGGGGAUGGCUCCAAAUUCAUGUGCAAGGCCAGGUUUAGAGAAGAAAGCAAGACCACAAGAGCAACUGAAUUGUCCAAGGUGCAAUUCAACUAACACAAAGUUCUGUUAUUACAACAACUACAGCCUCACACAGCCAAGAUACUUCUGUAAGACUUGUAGAAGGUAUUGGACAGAAGGAGGGUCUCUGAGAAACGUUCCGGUUGGAGGUGGUUCAAGAAAGAACAAGAAGGUCACUUCAGGAGGAGCAGGAGCCUCGGCUUCAUCAUCUUCAUCGUCAUCAUCAAAGAUUCCUGACCUAAAUCCCCCAAACCUCUCAGCUCUCUCUUCACAAAACCCUAAAAUAUUACAUGGUGGCCAGGAUCUCAACCUGGCUUUCCCAGCCAUGGACAAGUAUCAUCAUCAUCAUGGCAUCUCCCCUUAUGUCGAGAUGCAAAACAGUGACAGCACCACUCAUCAUCACCAAAACUCUCCUUCUUGUUCUGCUGCUCCAACCUCUCUUUCGGCUCUUGAGCUGCUAAGGUCCAGCAUGGCAUCUAGGGGUUUGAACCCUUAUGCUCCUUCUUCCUUGAUGCCAAACUCAGCAAACAACAAUGCCCUUUACCCAUCAGGGUUUCCCAUGCAAGAAGUCAAACCAAGCCUCAGCUUUUCCUCAGUUGAUGGGAUGGGAAAUAGAUCAUACGAUCAUCAGGUCCAAGAGAGGGGUGGCAGAGUUUUGUUCCCUUUUGGAGAUGUCAAUAAGCAGCUUUCUGCUGCAGGAUCAGCUGAAGUGGAACACGGUAAAGAACAACAGCAACAGCAUCAACAAGGAAACUCAACUGGAUAUUGGACUGGAAUGAUUGGUGAAGGGACAUGGUAAGAAAGAAAAAUUGGGAGGAAAAAGGAAAAAGAAACAAAAAAUCAAGAGAACAUGCAUUAAUAAUUAACAUACUAUAUUUAUAUAAUAUCUUUAUUUUGAUCUUCUCUUUCCACAAUAUGGAUAUCGUUGGCCUGAAGUUGUUCAGAACUAACAAUAGGACACACAAGGUUAAUUAUUAUUACUACACACCUCCUUUUGUUUAUGUGAGAGUUCUCAUCUCGAUUAUUGCUUUUAAUUUACAUAUUAUAUAUAUAGACAUAGAAGAAGAAGAAGAAGAGAUGAACAUGCAAUUCCUGUAUUGAUUGAAUUCUUGUGUGGGAAUGAAGCAGAUGUUGUUCAUUGUACGUAUGGUUUUUGAAAUGUUUGGUUGAAAGGAGUUUUGGGGUGAUGAAGGAAAGAGAAAGAGAGUUAGGUGUUCCAAGUUUGUAAGUGUAACCAUAAUUAUAAAUUUGGUUGAGUUGC